AUUGAGUAUGGUUUACGCAACAACAAAAAAAUGGUCGUCUUCUUCAUCUUCCACGCACCCUUAUAAAGAUCCCUCCCUUGUUUCCCUCUCCCUACACCACUCUCUCUCUCUCUCUCUCUCUCUCUCUCUCUCUCUCUCUCUCUCUGUGCAAUGUCACUUUGCUCUGUUUCCGUCUGAUUCACCGGUUUGAGGAUCUGGGUUUUCACCGGAAUUCGAAUUUCUCUCGGUUUCCUUUCUUCUAGGUUCUUCUUAUUCAUCUGUAAUUGACACAUGGAGAAGCUCAAUUUCGUGAAGAACGGUGUUCUGAGACUGCCUCCUGGAUUCCGAUUUCACCCAACGGACGAAGAACUCGUGGUUCAGUACCUGAAGAGGAAGGUCCUCUCCUGCCCCUUGCCUGCUUCGAUCAUCCCCGAAGUCGAUGUUUGCAGAGCCGAUCCAUGGGAUUUACCUGGAGAUUCAGAGCAGGAGAGGUACUUCUUCAGCACGCGAGAGGCGAAAUACCCGAACGGGAACAGAUCGAAUCGGGCAACCGGGUCGGGUUACUGGAAAGCCACCGGAAUCGACAAACGUGUCGUGGCGGCGAGGGGAAACACGGUGGUGGGAUUGAAGAAAACCCUAGUUUUCUACAGAGGAAAGCCUCCUCACGGAUCUCGAACCGAUUGGAUCAUGCACGAGUAUCGCCUCUCCUCGUCUCCUCCGAGUUCACCGUCUCCGGAGGAGAACUGGGUUCUCUGCCGCAUAUUCCUGAAGAAGAGAAGCAGCGGCAAGAGCGAAGACGACGUCGUUCCAUGCAGCAACGGCGAGGGUAAUAGCCAGAUUAGCUUGGAUAAUGUGAUUAGCAGCAGUAAUGACGGCGAUAAUCAAAGUGGUUGUCGGAAGAAAUCGAGGCCUGUGCUGAUCGAUUUCAUGAGGAAAGAACGGUCGGCUGAUAUGAAUUUGGCGCCGAAUUCGCCGUCGGGUUCGAGCGGAGUCACGACGGAGGUUUCUUCCGACGAAUCUGACGGCGUCGACCAGAGCAGUUGUUGCAAUAGUUUCCCAUAUUUCAGAAGAAAACUCUAAAAUUAAUUAAUGUUUUAACAAUUAUAAUAAUAAUAAUAAUAAUUUAUAAUAUGA